CUGCCGACAUUAACCACACACGAAUUUAUUUCCUGGUAUUCAAAAUGGAAGCAAUUGCACUAAAUUAAUGUCAGCUGUCCCAAAAUAUCUCAAAAACUCUUUACUUUUGAGGCUUUAGUGCAUUUACAUCAUAGUGUACUGCGACUGUAAAAGCUAAUAUUUCCGAAUAACCGCGCGUUGGGGUAAAAAUCGCGAGAACUGGUGGACGCCAACCACCUAAACAAGCUAGCUUAGUUAGCAUAGCUCAAACAUAACGCUAGCUUUGUGUUAGAAUUGCACUUACCUCACUUUAUUUGGCGAAAAUCACACUCAGACUUUAGAUUUUUUUCCGAACAUUUUUUGACCAGACUUCAGCACAAUGCGGAAAGGAGUUGGUACGGGAGCCAUCGCCAAAAAGAAGCUGGCAGAGGCCAAAUAUAAAGAAAGAGGAAAUGUUCUCGCAGAGGACCAGAUAAUCCAGAUGUCGAAGCAGCUGGAGACCUUCAAGUCCCACCUGGAGGAGUUUGCAAGCAAACAUAAACAAGAGAUCCGCAAGAACCCACAGUUCAGGGUUCAGUUUCAGGAAAUGUGUGCCACCAUUGGCGUGGACCCACUUGCCUCUGGCAAAGGUUUCUGGUCUGAGAUGCUUGGUGUCGGUGAUUUCUACUACGAACUUGGUGUACAGAUCAUUGAAGUGUGCCUCGCCCUGAAACACAGAAAUGGAGGGCUCAUUACUCUGGAUGAACUCCAUCAGAGAGUACUGAAGGGACGGGGUAAAUACGCUCAAGAAGUGAGCCAAGACGACUUGGUGAGAGCGAUAAAGAAACUGAAGGUGAUGGGAAAUGGUUUCGGGAUGAUUCCUGUUGGCGGCUCUUACUUGGUCCAGUCAGUCCCAGCAGAGCUCAACAUGGAUCAUACUGUAGUUCUACAGCUGGCCGAGAAAAAGGGAUAUGUUACAGUGAGUGAGAUCAAGGAAAGUCUGAAAUGGCAGAAGGAACGAGCUUGUCACGUCCUGGAUCACCUGCUGAAAGAAGGUUUGGCCUGGUUGGACUCUCAGGCAGCUGGAGAAGCUCAGUACUGGCUGCCGGCACUCUUCUCCGAGCUCAGCUCCCGCGACGUCACGCCGGAAGAGGCCAAUCAGAUGACGCCUUAAGAGGUGACGACGGGCCUCGGCGGCGUCAGAGACAUGUUGGUAAACAAAAUGUGCCUGGGAAGGGAAGGCUCAUGUGAUGGAGCUGGCUGGUUCUGUGGAGCUGGCAGGCGGAGCGAACUCCCUCUGAGAUCAUUUUUUGGACACGAGGAGGGAAAACGCUCCAAUGACUUACAUUAUUGCGGAGUCACUGACAGCAGCUUCCAUCAGGCUGCAGGAGAAGUUCAGUGUCAUCUUGGUGGUGUUGCACUUUAUGGGUGAUUGGGGAUAAUUGUCAAUGUACAAAACAUGUACUUACUAUCAUUUUCAUGUAUAAACAUUUUAUGAAAAGCCAA